AUGCCGGAGCCGGAUCCAGCUGCGAGCGUGAGCGGGAGCGGGAGUGGGAGUGCUGUGGUGUACGAGUCGUCGUCGUCCUCGUGCUCCCUACUGCAGGAGUCGGUGACUGUGGCGGUCGCGGCGUCGCCCCCGUUGCUGGACCUGAGCCUGGCGCUGUCGUCUUCGACGGCCGCGCAGCCAUACCAUAUGUUCAUGGACCCGACGGCGGCGGUCGUGACUUCGGCGCUACUGCAGUUCCUGCCGCCGAAGAGCGAGGAGCAGAGCUGCUCUGGACAGUCGUCGUCUGGUGUGUUCAACGCGGCGACGCCCGUGGGCCUAGGGCUGGACCUCAACCUGGCACUGCUGCAGGCCGAGAUGGUGAUGUGA